AACCAUCCGCGCGUGUCCCAGUCGGUCCACCUUCGUCAAGGAACCAUCCCACGCAUCAACAAAACACGUACUACUAGCUACCGGUGAAUGGUGAUUGUGUACGCCCUCCAUAAUUUUUUGCGGUUGUUUUGGAAGGAAGAUAAAGGAAGUCUUUAUUAUUAUGGCUGGAAGAAGGAUCCUGCGAGAUAUCUGCUUUCGAGUUCAUUCUCCCAUACAAGUUUUAUUAAAGGAUACAUCUGUCACACCCUUUAGGAUUUCCUCUGCUUUGUACUGUACUUCUGCUAAUCAAGGUGUGGUAUGUGAGUAUCGCAACGGUUUACCUGUUCUAUUAGUUCCAUUACCAUCACGACAAGAGCUAUGUCAGUUCACAUUGAAGCCCAUUACAGAGAAUGUUGGAGACUUUAUGAACCACAUAAAAUGUGAAGAUGGCGGUGUUGAGACAGUUGCUGUGUACAAUAACGAUGGAAUCAAGGUAGCUAAAUCAACCAGUAUAGAUGUUUUGAUGAAAGAAAACUUUAAGCUUAAGAUAAAUGAAAGGUCGUUUGAGGUCAGCCCUCCAGAAGCAGGUAUUUUGCUAAAAUCUGAGCUGGACAUUCGUGCAGCAAAACGGACAAACCUUGUAAUAUGGGGCGGCUUAGGGUACAUGGCGCUACAAUUUGGACUUCUUGCUCGACUCACCUGGUGGGAGUACUCGUGGGAUAUUGUUGAACCAAUCACAUACUUUGUUACUUAUGGUUCAGCUAUGGCUUUGUAUAGCUACUAUGUACUAACAAAGCAAGAUUACUCAAAUCCUGCAGCUGCUGAUCGCCAGUAUUUGAUCUUCUUCCAUCGCUUUGCUAAGAGGAAACAAUUAGACAUUGCAGCAUACAACAAUCUUAAAGAAAAGGUUGCACAGGUUGAACAAGAUCUAAGAAGACUACGAGAUCCACUGGCUUUACACCUUCCCAUUACUCCUCCCCUCCCACCUGUCAAAGAAUAGUGUGGCAGGGAAACGAAAGCUCUAUCCAGAUUAUCAAAUUUUCUUUGACAAAAAAACUGUUGUAUAUCUGUACAUAGUCAUGAUGUGCGACAUUUAUUACGUCAUCAUCAGGAAUAUUUAGACAUAUCGCAUGAUUUUGUCAAUUAAAAUUUGUCUUAACACUUUCACCGCCAGAUGUGUUUAAAAAAUAGUAUCAUCCACCGCCAGCCUUUUUAACGAAUUUGACCAUUUUUUCAAAGCUCGCUAAGAGUAUGUACGUGAUCCAAUUGACAUGUAUUAUACACUAAAAGCAGGGGGGGGGGGGUGGAUCCACACUUUUUCUAACAGGGAGUGGGGAUGACAACAUAUUUAAAAAUUUAGAUAAGUGUGAGGCCUAUUUGAAAAUAUGCAUUGAAAUUUUAAAAUUUAGUGGCAAACAGUGGGGAGGUGGUAGAAAGCAUGUGCCUCCGUGUCCCCUGUAUCCGCCCCUACUAAAAGAAUGACAAACAUCUCACCUUUACACUAGUACCAAACACUUUAUUACCCCAUAACAGGAAACCUGAAAGUGACUCACUUUUUGGAUUUUAAGCUUUUCAGUAUCGCCGUGGAACAUGAGGUCACUGAGAAUAAGUCACAUUGAAAUAGUGAAAAACAUGUGGUCCGGACCGAUUUUAACACUUUAGAGAAUUUCUAAAAAUCCAGACAUACCCCCUCUAUAAAAAAAAAGAAAAUGAAAAAAACUGUGAUCUCCGUCAACGGUUGGGAUUUAAAAGACGGAGAUCGCCAUCUUUGGCGGUCAAAGUGCUAAGGACUUAAUAAUUAAUGGUCAAGGGACAACAGAGAUGAUCAAACAUUAGACUCAGGAAACAAACAUGCUAAUUAGUUAUGAGCAGACUAUAACUUGUGUCCUACUUCCGAGUGGCUAGGAAGAUGAUGCAGUCAAGUGCAACAAAUGUUGGAGGUUUAUUUCCUGUUCUUCUCAACAGUUGAACUAUAUUUACUGUUGAACUCUAUAUAAUAGUAUUGCAAUCUGAUUGACAGCUUAUCUUUCUAAUUAAAUUAAUAUUGUUUAAUUUUGGUAGAACAGACUCUGUACCUUAUUUUAUUUGAGGGUCUCUUGCAACCCUUUCUCAGAGAAACAUUGCUCUUAGAGAUGAAAACAGUUUAUUAAUCUUAAUUUAUUUUUCUCUUUUUGUUUCAUAGUUACUGUAAAUUUAAUUUAGAGUAAAAAAUGAAAAUGGAAUAUUCCAAUGAAAAUAGUAUUUUUGUUUUUUUCAUAUUUGAUAAACCAUUCCUUGGCCUUGAAGUAAAUAUUACUUUAUGAUUAUUAAUCUGAAGUUUAAAUAUUUCAUAUUUAAUUCUUGAUAUUAUGCAAAUCAGUAAUGUUUACAAGUAUAGAUAAAAAUACUGAUGUACGCCAAUUGUAAUGAUUGAUUGAUUGAUCAAUCAACCAACCAUUAAGUCAUAUGCCCUAUGUAUGAGAUACCAUAUAUUUCCUUUAUUAAGAUGUACAUUUAUUAAGUAUUUGUAAUUUAACUUGUAUAUGUAAUAAAUAGAUCAUUAUGUAUGUAUUCUUAUUUAGAAGAUAUUAUCAAUCUAAAUAAAUUUCUUAUUAUAGUAAAUAAAUUGUGGUGGGAAUUUUUAGGUGAGUUUGAUAAUGAGGGAAACUGAUGUUUUUAAUAUGUAUUUUGUAAUGUAUUGUAUUGCUAAAAGCCAAGAAAGCCUAAAAGUUCUUUUUAUCUAUGUAAUAUUCUCCCAACUUAUGUGAUUUAUUUACACAAGAUAUCCUUAUUAAUUUUAACAGUCUGUUAAUGCUUACAGCCAAUCUGGUUGUUUAAAUUUUUAGCAGGGUUGUUCAUAGAUUUGAACACAAGUGCCUCCCUCUUUAAUAAAGGAUGAAGGAUAAGUAUGGUACAUGACUUGCAUAACUUCACUGUGUGAGGAAAUAUAAUUUAGUUAAUUUGCAUAAUAAUUUGCAUAAAAAAUAACUUGUACUAAGAUAAUCGAUAUGUGCCUUUUGUAUUUAUAAUUUAGUAUGAUGAAAUAUCAAGAUAUUGUUAUUUGCAAAUAAAUUAUUGAAAUUCAUUUGUCUUAGUCGUUUGUUGAAAUUAGGGUAAAUUUUUAAAUCAAAAUUUGCAUUGAAAUUUAGAAUUAGCUAUUAAACAAUCAUUGUUUUUAAGGCUGAGCCUGCAAAUAAAAAACAAUGAUUGGGAUUGGAUGCAAAAAUAUGGUUACAAGGUAUCUCAUGGACCCUUAAUUUUUGUGUUUAACCUCCAUCCUAUCCAUGGCCUCUACAUGAGUACUAUAUACAUCUACUCUACAUGUGAAUGUUUAAUAGAAUUUCAGAAAAGUAUUAUAUAAUAAAAAAUUGUAGUAAGAAUGUUGUUUAUAGGUAGUAUACUAAUCUAAAUCUUAAGAAUACAUUAUUACUGUAUUUGAAGUUAAAAUAUAUUUGUCCCUUUACUGUGUUGCAAAGGGUGUCACAAUAAUCCUACUAAAUAAAUGGAAAAGCAACUUACUUCACACUUUACUAUGUAUUAUGCAAAAUUAUUAGGUAUUAACUCCUAUACAUUUACCAAACCACUAUACAGUGUUAUUUUAUUAUAAUCUAGGUUUUCAGCUCCAAUGAGGAGCUCUAGAAACACUCGACUGAUUGAUUAAUAGAUCUUUUUUAGUCCUACUCUAUUAUACAGCCUUCAUGAGGCUGAUUUAUUAAUAGUUGACUGAUUAAUAGAUAUAUUUUAGCUCUACUGCCUCUAUUAUACUGCCCUCAUGGAGAAGCUCUAGAAACACUUGGUUGAUCAAUAGUUGAUUGAUUAAUAGUCUCUUUUAGAUCUACUGCCUUUAUUAUACUGCCCUCAUCGGAGCUUUUGAGAUUACAAGAACUUGUUUUCAAUAGGAGCAUUAACCUUGAGAACUUGCUUUUAUUUGAAGAUGUAGUUUAGUUGAUUGAAUGUGAUGCUGUUUUUGAUUAUUCAAUGCAUAGUUAACAAUACACUAUGCAUUUAUUAACUGAAUAAAUAAUUGUUAAUUAACAAUUGAACCAUUAUGUAA